AUUUUCUUUUUUUUUUCUAUUAAGAAAAAAUGUAUAAAUCUCAAUUAAAAUUACUUGCCACAGUAGCUUCAGCCGCUGAGACUCUUUCAUUGAAGCAAGUUACAACUGGAAGCAAAUUAAAACACACAAAGAUGGUUGGAUACUGGCUAUUGGGCUGUUCUGGCACAGUUGCAGGUGCAGUUGUUUUGGGUGGUAUUACUCGUCUAACUCGAUCUGGUCUGUCAAUGACUGAUUGGCAUUUAAUAAGAGAUAUGAAACCUCCUCGUUCUCAUGAAGAGUGGCUUGCAGAGUUUGAGCGCUACAAAAAUUUUCCAGAAUUUAAGCUAGCUAGGAGUGAUAUGACACUAAGCGAAUUUAAAUCUAUUUUCAAUAUGGAAUGGAUUCACAGGAUGUAUGGCAGAGGUGUUGGACUGGCAUUUUAUUUACCUGCUAUGUAUUUUUGGUAUAAAGGUUAUUUUGGUAAAGCAAUGAAAACAAGGGUAUUGAUUUAUGGAGGUCUCAUAUUAUCACAAGGGCUGCUAGGUUGGUAUAUGGUAAAAAGUGGUUUGAAAGAAGAAACUGCUGCUAAUACUGAUUCUCCUCGUGUUAGUCAGUACAGACUUGCAGCUCAUCUAGGAUUAGCUUUUGUUGUUUAUUCUGGACUAUUAUGGCAAGCUUUGUCUCAUAUACUAAAAGAAAAUGCUAUAACAUAUACUCCACAAAUUUCAAGAAUCAAGAAGUUUGCUCACACUUCUAUGACCCUUACCUUUCUAACUGCUGUGUCAGGAGCCUUUGUUGCUGGUUUGGAUGGUGGUUUAGUUUAUAAUUCUUUUCCCAAAUUCGCUGAUCAAUGGAUACCUGAUGACUUAUCAACAAUAAAGCCAUGGUGGAAAAACAUGUUUGAAAAUCCGACAACGGCUCAGUUUAAUCACAGAGUCUUGGCUAUUACAACACUUUCAAGCAUUCUUGUUACAUUUGCCUUAGCUACACCUGUAGGCUUACCACGCAGAGCUAAAAUAGCAAUGAAUUGCUUUCUUGGUGUUGGUUGUGCUCAGGUUGGACUUGGUAUUGCUACCCUACUAAUGUAUGUGCCAAUGCAUUUAGCGGCUACUCACCAAUUUGGAUCUCUUACAUUACUUUCAAUGGCAAUUUGGUUUAACCAUGAAUUAAAAUCUGCUAAAGUUCCAAAGUAACCAAAAAACAAACGUGGUUACUGAGGCAACAUCCGAAGUAGCCGAAUAUUGAGGAUUAGUUAUUGUAACGUACCGAAUACCAUGCGAAGAAAUUAUCGUGAAGUAAUCGGUUUAAAUCGAUAAUCGUUUACGGUUAAUAUGAUUCUCUUCCAAAACUUGUAGCAAUUUAUUUUCAUACCUCAAAACGUAUACACUUUUAGCGAGAAUAUUUUUACACGAUUCUAAAAGUGUAUUCUUAUAAAUUUGCAAAAAUAUUCUUUAUAAGCUCGUCACAAUUCAUGUCAUCGUUGGCUUUUUGAUACGAGAAAUACCAAUAUGAGCCGAAAUCCGCAAAGAAAUAUUUAGCUAAAGAAGUUUCUUAUUUAAAAAAGUUUUAAUGAGUAAAACAUGUUUAUCUGGUGUUUUUCA